AUGGGUUCCAGCACCAAGAAAAAGAAGGAGAAGAAGAAGGACUUCCAGAAGCCCAAGUUGAAGGUCGGGAAGGCCAAGGCGAAGCCCGACAACUUUACCGAUACCAGCUUCAAGUCCAAAGCCAUCGUCUUGCAAAAGCAACUGAAUGAAGAUGCACCGGAUUUGGACGACCGCUUCAAACACCAUCUGUCACUGGUGUUGUCCAGAUCGGACACCCAGCGACGAGAUGCGCUGGCUUACCUUGCCGGCCAACUAUCCACAUCAUAUAAUCCCGUCGGGACACCGACCUUGCUCAGCAAGGUCCUGGUUCUCAUGACCGAUUCGUCAGGACCAGUCCGAUCACAGUUGCUGAAGCUGCUCAAGGCAAUUCCCGCUCCUGAAGUCCCACCACACGUGGAACAGAUUAUGCGAUACAUCAGAGGUUCUAUGACGCAUAUCUCACAGGAGAUCAAGGACGACGGGCUCAACUACAUGGAGUGGAUCCUGGACGUUGCCGGAGACGAGGUCGUGGAAAGCGCCGGGUGCUGGGUCAAGCCACUGAAGGACUUCACCUCCAUCUUGGGCUGGACUGUUAAGACCGUUGCACCAACCCCUGGAAAGGGCGGUUGGACGUCCGCUCCUCGCACAACAUUUGGCGCAAAGAAGUACGGCGCCUCAUAUCCACGGCAAAUGGCUGUGCUUGCCAGUUUUUUGGAGCACGGUUUCAGGAAACCAGACCCUACCCCUUGGAGCGCUGCCCAAUGGGUUGGCAACUUCACUCAGUUGCCGACGACCCCUGACCCUUACGGCUACUUAGGCUUGUUUGCCCCACCGCGAGACGAGGACGGGAGAAUGUACCGGGAUCGGGAAGACAGACAGGCCGUUUUCAGUAGGAGGUUCGCCGAGGCGAUCCGGAGAGGCGUGGACGAUGCGAAGAAAGAGGGUGGCAUGGCGGGGCGUUCGGCUGCCCAGCUAGACAAGGUGCUGAGGGACGGCAUGGGCGAUUAUGAGGACACGAAACGAUAUGACUCGGAGGAAGGGCUCUGGGGCGGGUAUAUCAUGUAA